CCGAUCGUCUGCUGCAAAAGGUAUAUUAAUGUGACCUUCACCGUUUGUCAUUGUUACAAACAUGGCGUCCCUUGUUAUAUCGUCAUUUCGGUCUGGUCUUAUUAAAGGAGCUCAACGUUACUCAAGUAAUUACAAAUGCUUGAAACGUGGUGUUCAAACCAGUCAAGGUUUGUUGCAACAGUCUGUAAACGAACCUGUUGCCAAAUCUAUGAAAAAACAUGUUGUUACCAUGGUACCUGGAGACGGUGUUGGUGCCAGUCUAAUGACCAGUGUACAAGAUGUCUUUACAGCUGCAGGUGUACCAGUGGACUUUGAGGAAAUUUUCAUUAGUGAAGUACAGCCAAGUCAAAGUGCAAGUUUAGAUACUGUUGUUGAAUCGUUCAAAAGAAAUGGUGUUGGCAUCAAAGGCAUCAUUGCAACUCCUGCUGAUGCCAAAGGCGGCGUCUUGGAAAGUUUAAACAUGAAGUUAAGACGUGAACUUGAUAUGUUUGCCAAUGUCGUUUGGAUUAAAAGCAUGCCAGGCAUCAAAACCCGACAUAAGGAUAUGAAUUUUGUGGUGAUUCGUGAACAGCGAGAAGGUGAAUACAGUGGACUUGAACAUGAGAGUACCCAUGGUGUUGUAGAGAGCUUGAAGAUUAUGACUCGUGAUAAUUCACGGAGGAUUGCUAAAUUUGCAUUUGAUUAUGCUAUUCGGCAUAACAGGAAGAAGGUCACUGCUGUCCAUAAAGCAAAUAUCAUGAAACUUGGUGAUGGUUUGUUUCUGCAAUGUUGCCAUGAGGUAGCGGCAAUGUAUCCCAGAAUUGAAUUAGACACAGUGAUUGUUGACAACUGUUGCAUGCAGCUGGUGUCUAACCCUCAUCAAUUUGAUGUUAUGGUACUUCCCAACCUCUAUGGCAAUAUUGUGGAUAAUUUAGCUGCUGGUCUUAUUGGAGGUGCAGGUGUUGUACCUGGUGGCAGUUAUAGCCAUGAAGUUGCUGUCUUUGAGCCAGGUGCUCGCCAUCCAUAUGCUGAGGCAUUUGGUAAGAAUAUAGCCAACCCAACUGCCAUCUUACGAGCUGCUUGUAAGAUGCUUCAGCAUAUACACCUGGAUUACCAUGCUGAUAUGAUAUCAAAAGCUCUCUAUAAAGUCAUUGAAGAGGGCAAGAUUCGAACUCCUGACAUGGGUGGCUACUCUUCAACAACUGAUCUCACAUUGGCAGUCAUUGACAACUUAAAUCUAUGAUAAUAGAUAACUGUAUCUAACAUUUUUGCUUCUGUUUUAUUGUUGUCAUUAUAAGUACUAUUUUGUUACAAAAUAAUUUGUGAACCAUUAAAUUGUUAAUAUUAUGCUUAAGAAGAAUGCAGUGAGCUGGCAGAAUCAUUAGCACACCAGGCAAAAUGCUUAGCAGCAUUUCAUUCAUCAUUCUGAGUUCAAAUUCCGCCAAGGUCGACUUUGCCUUUCAUCCUUUCGGGGUUGAUAAAAUAAAGUACCAAUUGAGCACUGGGAUCAAUGUAAUUGACUUACCCCUCCCCCAAAAUGACUGGCCUUGUGUCAAAAUUUAAAACAAAUAUUAUACUUAAUAAGAGCAGUGGAUUUGCUCACAGAUUUAUUAGAGACUGAGCAAAAUGCUUGUUGGUAUUUAGUUACAGCCCUUUGUGUUCAGAAUUCAAAUCCUGUUGAAGUCAACAUGCCUUUCAUCAUUUGGAGGCUGAUACAAUAAAGCACCAGUCAAGUACUGGAGUCAGUUUAAUUGAUCAUAUAUGUCAGCAAAAUGUGUGGCCUUGCACCUAUGUUAGAAAUCAAUGUUAGGCUUAAUUUAUACAUGCAAAUAUUAAAGAACAAGAUGAAUGAGAAUAUUCUCUUCCAGUUUUAUACCAGUAUGUUCUGUUUAUUAUAUACAAAUCAUGAAACUGUAACAGGUUGUUACAUUUAAUCAGAAUCUGUAGUAAUUGUAGCUCAUUCUCCUGGAUUUGAGCCUGAGUUACCAUCCUAUUUAAAGGACCAGUUGUGUGUACAUUUCAUUCUAUAGCUCUCUUCACAGGAAUAGAGGAUCUAGCAGUCAGAAAUACUCAGUGUGCAAAGACUGCUCCAUUAUUUCCAUUUAUAGUCAGGUAAAAAUUGUUAUUAUUUCUGUUUCAUUAUGAAGUUCAAUUUUCAGGAAGGGAUUCCAUUAAAAUUCAUCUUUACUGCUCUUAGAUUAACACACCUAGAGUAAACAAUAUGCUUUGAGAAAAAUUAAUAAACGAACAGAAUAUUUACAUUUAAAACUAGAAUUCAUAGAUUUUUUUUUCUUUCCAUUGUUGAAAACUUGUAAUGUUUAGAAAGAACUUAGUAAUAAUUUCAUGUCUUGGUGUCAGUCCAUUGUAAAUAUACUCCAGUUUUCAGUGGAAAUUAAGUUUGGUUUGUUUAGUAACAACUCAGGAAUUUCAUUGAGUAGAAUGUUUUUAGGCUGACAUGAUAGAAUGUCUACAGUUAUUGGGACACCAAUCUGGCAACAUAACAGGCAAUUUUCUAUUACUGUCUUUUUUGGUUGUUGCCUUAUAGCAAAUGAUGAAUGCAUUUGGUAUACAACAUAUCAUUUAAUCAUGCUGUUUAGAAAUUUAGGUUUAAAACUCAUAUUACUGAGAAAAUUAUCAGGAAUUGCAUGAUGGCAAUUUCUACCUUUAUUGUAGUCAUUGUCAGACUUGAUGUAGAAUGGGGAACCAUAUAGUUUUUAAAACUAGACAAGAAAAUGUGAGACUUGAUCAGGUUUAUAUGAAAUUUAUGAUAAAGGAUAUAUUUGGUUUAAGAAAUUAUCUUCAUAUUUUUUCUUUUUAUAAUUCUUCCACAGGAGUCAUGCAGAUGUAGUACAACUACAAUUGCUUGAACUAAGAUUGAAUUACGAGCUUUUCGUUACAAAUGUAAAGUUCAGUCCAUAUUAAAACAUUUACAGAUGUGUUAAAAAAAUAUGGUCUUUGAGGUUUGCCACUAAGUUAUGUAAAAACAAUUUAAAAUAUCUAACAAUGACUUUAAUAUGGUAAAGUGCACAAAUUUUAUUAGUGGUUAGUUUCACAUGAUUUUUUCCUGAUUAACGAAACUACACGAAUAGUAAACAACAUAAAUGUCAGCUAUUAUUACCUUUCCUUCAACAGUUUUAACCAUGAAUGAGUCAUUUAGAGAAUCAUAUCAAUAUCUCACUGUUGAAUAUUUUCUUUAUUCUUAAAAUAAUUUCACAUUUAAACUUUUACAAAGAUGAAAAAUAAAUGUCUUGACUUGCUGUUUUUUGUGAAAAGAUUUUUUAUUUAAUAUUUAUUUACAAUAAAACAAGUGGAUUAUUUCAUACUAAACAAUGUUUUUUCUCAUAGAAACUAGAUUUUUUAUGUGUGAAAUGAUGAAAAGAUUUAGAAAUCAAUGUAUAAGAUUUGAAUUCUUAUUUAAUACAAUAUGAAAUGUUUGUAAAUAAAUGCAUUAACAAAUCUCAGCUUUACAUGUAUCUUCUUUUUCUUUUUAAAUUAUAAUUCAAAUAUUUAAAAUAAAUGAAUUAUAAUUUUGCAAUA